AUCCCAAACAGUGCUUCUUCUAUUUGCAAAGCUGAAAAUCUUGCUGCUCUCUCUUAUAAGUCCACUUCACAUUCAAGCAAAGCUUAUUACUCUGAGAUUGAUUCGUUUUAAGAUUUUAACCAGACCCAUCUAAGAGGGAUCUGGAACAAGCUCCGUUGCUCUGAUCAACAGAGGAAUAACAAAAAAUGGAGUCUUUCAUCUCCAGAUCCACCUCCAUUGUCUCCAAGAUGAGUUUCUUGGCCGUAGGGAUCGUCUUCUUGGUUUCUUCCUCUUCCUUUACUUCCACAGAAGCAUAUGAUGCGCUAGAUCCAGAAGGCAACAUUACAAUGAAAUGGGAUGUCAUGAGCUGGACUCCUGAUGGCUAUGUUGCCGUGGUUACCAUGUUCAACUUCCAGAAGUACAGACACAUUCCAUCUCCAGGAUGGACAUUAGGCUGGAAGUGGGCUAAGAAGGAAGUUAUAUGGAGUAUGGUCGGAGCACAAACAACCGAACAAGGUGACUGUUCAAAGUACAAAGGAAACUUACCGCAUUGUUGUAAGAAAGAUCCAACGGUUGUAGAUUUGCUCCCGGGGACUCCUUACAACCAGCAGAUUGCAAACUGCUGCAAAGGCGGUGUCCUCAACUCAUGGGUUCAAGACCCUGGCACUGCAGCUAGCUCCUUCCAGAUCAGCGUUGGCGCUGCUGGAACCACGAACAAAACCGUCCGCGUGCCGAGAAACUUCACUCUCAUGGGCCCUGGUCCAGGCUACACUUGCGGCCCUGCUAAGAUUGUGAGACCAACCCAGUUUGUCACCCCGGACACUCGCAGAACCACUCAGGCCAUGAUGACAUGGAACAUUACGUGCACAUACUCGCAGUUCCUUGCUCAAAGAACCCCAACCUGCUGCGUUUCUUUGUCUUCUUUUUACAACGAGACCAUUGUCGGAUGUCCAACUUGCGCUUGCGGAUGCCAAAACAACAAAACAGAAUCUGGCGCCUGUCUCGACCCGGACACACCUCACUUGGCGUCUGUUGUCUCACCACCGACCAAGAAAGGAACGAUCUUACCGCCGUUGGUGCAAUGCACGAGACACUUGUGUCCCAUCCGAGUGCAUUGGCACGUGAAGCAGAACUACAAAGAGUAUUGGCGAGUGAAGAUCACAAUCACAAACUUCAACUACCGUUUAAACUACUCGCAGUGGAACAUGGUUGCUCAGCAUCCUAACCUCGACAACAUCACUCAGAUCUUCAGCUUCAACUACAAAUCUCUCUCUCCUUACGCUGGAUUAAACGAUACGGCGAUGCUGUGGGGAAUGAAGUUCUACAACGACUUCUUGUCAGAAGCAGGGCCUCUUGGGAAUGUGCAGUCGGAGAUUUUGUUCCGUAAAGAUCAAUCAACCUUCACGUUCGAGAAAGGAUGGGCUUUUCCUCGUAGGAUCUACUUUAACGGAGACAACUGCGUCAUGCCUCCUCCUGACGCUUACCCUUUUCUUCCCAACGGUGGUUUCCGGACAGAGUUCUCUGUCUUCUCCGCCGUGCUCCUCCCUGUUCUUCUUGUCUUUUUCUUAUUUUCCGCGUAAAUUUGAAAGUUUUGCCACUGACGAACCAUCCUGUGUCCGGUUCGGUUACGGUUAGAGGGCGGCUGGUUUGAUUGUUCGGUGGACUGGUAUAAACCUUAUUUAUGUAAUUCUUUUGUUUCCCAAAAAAAAUAUAGAAUCUCUUGAUACUUUUAUUUAUAUAUAGGUUUCAACUUCGUUAUUUU